CGCUAUCUCCCUUGAACUCAGAGCACUUUGCCCUGAACAUUGGAGAGCGCCGAGAUGGGGAAAAGGCGGUUCUCAGGUUUGGAGGUGGCCCUAAUGGUCCUGUUCACAUUGAUGUCUGUGGCAGCUCUAACAUUCAUAGUUCUGUUUGUCACCGGAGAACCUGGGGUCAUUAAAGAUGAAACUACAGACCCAUUUGUUCCUCAGUGUCCCAGAAUUCCCCUGGCUGAAAGGGUUGACUGUUUCCCUGAUGCUGGAGCUUCAAAGCUAAAAUGUGAACAACGUGGAUGUUGCUGGGGGCCACUGGAUGAGAGAAAUGUUCCCUGGUGCUUCUUCCCAACCAACCAUGGAUACACAGUGGAAUCGGUAGAACAGCCAAAUCCUUAUGUGAUGAAAGCCCAGCUGAAGAGAAUGGCCUCUCCUUCAUUAUUUGGGGCUGACAUACAAGAUCUGUCAUUUCACGCAGAAAUGCAGACAAACAAUCGACUCCGUUUUAAGAUCUACGAUGCCCACAGGCAGAGAUUCGAGGUCCCCCAUGAGCACAUCAGUAGCCUCAACAGUGACCCAUCCAGCCCCAUCAGCAACACACUGGAGAUCACACAGAAACCCUUUGGCCUUACUGUGCACAGGGGGGGGAACAAAAAAGUCCUGUUUGACACUACAAUGGCCCCACUGGUGUUUGAAGAUCAGUACCUACAGCUGUCUGCUAAGCUUCCAUCUCAUAAUAUUUAUGGUCUGGGAGAGCAUGUGCACAGACACUAUCGCCAUGAUACAAACUGGAGAACUUGGCCCAUCUUCACAAGAGACGCUUUCCCUAAUGGGGGAACACAUAACCUCUAUGGACACUAUCCUUUCUUCCUCUGUCUAGAGGAUGAGAGCGGGAAGUCAUUUGGGGUCUUCCUCAUGAACAGCAAUGCUAUGGAGGUGACUCUCCAGCCUGCUCCAGCUGUGACCUACAGGACAAUAGGAGGGGUCCUUGACUUCUACAUUCUCUUUGGAGAUACACCAGAACAAGUGGUGCAGGAGUUCCUUGAGCUCAUUGGUAGGCCUGUCAUUCCUCCCUACUGGUCCCUGGGUUUCCAGCUUUCUCGGUGGGACUACGGUAGCCUAAGUGAGGUCAAGAAAACAGUGGAGAGGAACCGUGCUGUGGGCCUUCCAUAUGACAUUCAGUACACUGACAUAGAUUACAUGGAGGAUAAGAAGGAUUUCACCUACGACAAAGUCAAGUUCAGUGAGCUGCCUCAGUUUGCGGACUACCUCCAUGAGAAGGGUCAAAGAUACAUCCUCAUUCUGGAUCCUGCAAUAGCUACUAGUAAGAGAGUAGGGAACAAUACAUAUGACUCCUACGACCGUGGGAAUGAGAAGAAUGCCUGGGUCACUGAAGCAGAUGGGAAAACACCUUUGUUAGGAGAGGUGUGGCCAGGAGAGACAGUGUUUCCAGACUACACCAGCCAAAACUGCAUCGACUGGUGGGUUGAUGAGUAUGAGCGAUUCUCCAGAGAGAUCAAACACGAUGCCCUUUGGAUUGACAUGAAUGAGGUUGCUAAUUUCAAGAAAGGAUCAACUAAGGGCUGUGCCGAUAACAACCUCAACUACCCUCCUUACACUCCAAAGAUUCUGGAUGAGGUGAUGUACAGUAAGACUCUGUGUAUGGAUGCCAAGCAGGCCUGGGGGAACCACUAUGAUGUCCACAGUCUGUAUGGCUACUCUAUGGUGCUGGCUACUGAAAAAGCUCUGCAGCGUGUGUUUGGAGGAAACCGUACCCUGAUGUUGACCCGCUCCUCCUUCCCAGGUGUGGGAAAAUAUUCGGGUCACUGGCUGGGGGACAAUGCUGCCAACUGGAACGACAUUAAAUGGGCCAUCCCUGGCAUGUUAGAGUUUGGACUCUUUGGGAUUCCCUAUAUUGGAGCUGACAUCUGUGGAUUCUUUGACAACUCCUCUGAAGAGCUGUGUCGUCGCUGGAUGCAGGUGGGAGCUUUCUACCCCUUCAGUCGGAACCACAACGCUCAGGGCUACAAGCCCCAGGAUCCAGCUGCAUAUGGUGCUGAUUCAACGCUAGUGGAGAGCUCUAAACACUACCUGCGGAUACGUUACACACUUUUGCCUUACCUCUACACACUCUUCUACAAAGCCCACACCACGGGGGAGACUGUUGUACGGCCUGUCAUGAACGAGUUCUACUCUGACAGUGCCACCUGGACAGUGGACCGCCAGUUCCUCUGGGGGAAACACCUGCUCAUCACACCUGUACUGGACCCGGGUGUGGACAGGGUGCGGGCAUAUGUGCCAGAUGCUGUGUGGUAUGACUAUGAGACGAUGUUACGACUGGGAAACCGCAAAACGUAUGUUGAUAUGUUUCUACCAGCUGACAAGCUUGGUUUACACAUCAGAGGUGGUGCAGUCCUCCCUACACAGAGACCUGAUGUCACCACUACGUACAGUCGGCGUAACCCCAUGGGCUUGAUCGUUGCUCUUGAUGACAACAACCAGGCAGCUGGGGAGCUAUUCUGGGAUGAUGGAGAUUCCCGAGACACAGUUAAAAGUGGCAACCACAUCCACUACACAUUCUCUGCAGUCUACGGAGUGCUGACAAUGCAGGUGACCCAUGCGGGUUACAAGGACCCAAACAACCUUAAAUUUGAGAACAUAAUUGUGCUCGGGGUGCCUUCUCCUCCUAUGUCUGUCUCUGUGACUCAUGUUCGCAACGGAGCACAAGGAAACUCUACCACAGUGUUGCCAAACACCAACAUACAGUAUGAUGGAGCCAAGGAGGUUCUGUUCCUUAGUGGCCUCUCCCUGACCCUGGGGGAGACCUACCUGGUACAGUGGGAACUGGUUAAAGAAGAGUACCAGCGCUUUGACUGCUAUCCAGAGGAGCAUGCAGAUGAGGCUAAGUGCAAGGCCAGAGGCUGCAUCUGGGAGCCAAGCAACAUUGAACGUGUUCCAUGGUGCUUCUAUCCGAAAGACUAUGGAUAUACUGUUACAGGAAAACAGGAAACUAACUCAGGCAUGAGAAUUGAUAUCACUCGGAAUAAGAAGCACAGGAGCAUUGGUCGCCCUGGGUCACCUGACAUUGACACACUUCGUGUUGAGGUCCGUUACCACAGCGGUGACAUGCUGCAGUUCAAGAUCUGGGACCCCGCCACAUAUCGUUAUGAGGUUCCAGUGCCGCUGACGGUUCCUGCUGUUCCAGAGACUGACGAGAACAAGAGGCUUUACAAGGUCCUUAUUGAAAACAACCCAUUCGGCAUCAAGGUCAUAAGGAAAAGCACAGGAACCAAGAUUUGGGACUCAUCUGUGCCAGGUUUUACCUUCUCAGACAUGUUCAUCCAAGUGUCUACUCUACUGUCUUCAGAGUUUGUCUACGGCUUUGGAGAGACAGAGCAUCCCACCUAUAAGCACAACCUCAACUAUCACACCUGGGGUAUGUUCUCCAAGGACCAGCCUCCUGGUUACAAGAUGAAUUGCUAUGGAGUGCAUCCCUUCUAUAUGGGCCUGGAGACCACCACCGAUGCUCAUGGUGUGCUACUGCUAAACAGCAAUGCCAUGGAUGUGACUUUCCAGCCUACUCCAGCUUUAACCUACCGAACUCUGGGAGGCAUUCUGGAUUUUUACAUGGUCCUGGGACCUACGCCUGAGAUGGUGGUGCAGGAGUACACUGCACUGAUUGGACGACCUGUUCUACCUGCCUAUUGGUCUCUUGGGUUUCAGCUCUGUCGCUAUGGUUACGCCAACGACACAGAGAUAGAAGACCUAUAUAGAGAUAUGAAGGCAGCGGGUAUACCCUAUGAUGUGCAGUAUGCAGAUAUUGACUACAUGGAGCGUCAGCUGGACUUUGUCCUGGACUCACAGUUUAAAAACCUGCCUGCCCUGGUUGACCGCAUGAGAGGAGAAGGCAUGAGGUUCAUCUUCAUUCUGGAUCCAGCCAUCUCAGGCAAUGAGACAGUUUAUUACCCUGCCUUUGAAAGAGGAAAAGCUGCGGAUGUCUUCAUCAAAUGGCCCGAAAACAUCAGUAAUGAAAUUGUGUGGGGGAAGGUCUGGCCAGAUUUCCCUAACAUCACAGUAGAUGAAUCUCUGGACUGGGAUACACAAGUAGAGCUUUACAGGUCUUAUACGGCAUUCCCUGACUUUUUCCGUAAUACAACAGCUAUGUGGUGGCAUCGAGAAAUCCAGGAUUUCUAUACAGAUACCAUGAAGUUUGAUGGCCUCUGGAUUGACAUGAAUGAACCUGCCAGUUUUGUCCACGGCACAGUUGGGGGGAAGUGUCUUGGUAAUCCACUUCUAGAGAACCCUCCGUAUAUGCCACCCUUGGAGUCCAAACAUCUUGGCUUAAACCAUAAGACUCUGUGCAUGAACAGUGAGCAGAUACUCAGUGAUGGAAAGAAAGUCAGACACUAUGACGUCCAUAACCUCUAUGGCUGGUCUCACACCAAGCCCACCUAUGAUGCCCUGCUGAAUGUGACAGGUAAAAGAGGCAUAGUGGUGACGAGGUCCACUUACCCCUCCAGUGGAAAAUGGGCUGGACAUUGGCUGGGAGACAACAAUGCCAGCUGGGACCAGCUUUACAAAUCCAUUAUAGGCAUGAUGGAGUUCAGUCUGUUUGGCAUCCCUUACACGGGGGCAGACAUAUGCGGGUUCUUUAAUAAAGCUGAGUAUGAAAUGUGUCUUCGGUGGAUGCAACUGGGUGCCUUCUAUCCAUACUCACGCAACCACAACGGCAAGGGAAACCCGAGACAAGACCCUGUUGCUUGGAAUGCUGCCUUUGCCGAGGCGUCCCGGGAUGUCCUGAACAUCCGUUACACCCUUCUGCCCUACCUGUACACACUCAUGUUUGAGGCUCAUACCAAAGGAAGUACAGUAGUCAGACCCCUCCUGCAUGAGUUUGUGAAUGAUAAAACUACAUGGGACAUCUACAGGCAGUUCCUCUGGGGACCUGCUCUACUUAUCACUCCUGCCCUCGACAAGGGAGUCAGGACUGUGAAUGGCUACGUUCCUAAUGCACGCUGGUAUGACUUCCACACGGCCAGAGAUGUUGGAGUACGCGGCCAGAUGGUUAACAUGCCGACACCCAUAGAUCAUAUUAACCUUCAUAUCAGAGGAGGAUAUGUCAUACCCUGGCAGAAACCAGAGAACAAUACAUAUUACAGUCGGAUGAAUCCUUUAGGACUGAUCGUUGCCCUAAGCGACAGUGGAACUGCUCAAGGAUCGUUCUUCUGGGAUGAUGGGGAAGGAAUAAACACGGUUGAGCGAGGAAAAUAUCUGUGGACCUCGUUUGCAGCGCAAUCGAACACUUUGACCAGUCAGGUUGUCCACAAUGAACUGGCCCCUGCUGACCGCUUGACCCUGGGUGUGGUGAAGGUUUGGGGCGCAGGCAGUGUUAGGAUCACAACAGCGAUCUUAACAGAUGAGAGUGGAACGGCGCAUACACUCACCCCGCAGCACAACCUUAACACUCAGGAGCUGAUUAUAGAUGCUACUGCAAAGUCUGUCCGGGCGGAUCAGCGUUUUACCUUAACAUGGAGGACCAGCAUCUGAUCAAACAAACAAACAAUGAACAUACCUGUAUAAAAUGGUCCUUUGCCAUAAAUUAUGAUGUGAAGUAAAUGCAAUGUUUUUUGAACAUGAAAUCACCUUAAUGACACAACCCUAACUGAAACUUUUUUUUUUUGUGUGUGUGUUUUACAUGACUGUGCCUUUAAACCUUACAUAACAUUACACUGAAAGGAGUACAGGCAGAAAUACUGCCAAAACAUGACAUGUUGUAAAUUUACAAUACAUCAUUUUCAAAGGUAA